UCAAACAGUAGGUAAGUCAGUAAGUCUUGGCUCAUCGGUUGGUCAGUCCAAUGGGAACUCCUUCGCCCGCCAACCCGACUGGACGUGCCAUCCAUUAUUUCCUUGAAGACCCAAAGACUGUUCAUCAUGAGACUAAUAUUGACAAUGCAUUUUCGACGACUGCUUCGUGCGGCGGAUCAACGAUGGAAUGCACCAGUUCGGGAUCGGGAUCGGAAUGCAGCCUUGUCAGUGACCUCAGGGACCUCUCUCCGGUGGCGACUUGCAAUGAUGGUGCUAUGGAUAUGGUUUGCGACAAUGCUGAUAUGUUUAAGGAUCCAGAUGGUCACAAUCCAAACCUUUAUAUCGGCAUGUUUUUGCCAUGGGAGAUUGAGCUUCAGCCAACGAAUGAAAACCUAAAGGUUGAGGUCAAGAAGAAGAAUCGAUCCAAAAAGGAUAAGAAAGAACGCAAGACGUCGAAGAAGAUGAAGAAGUCAAAGAAGUCUCACAAGUCUAAGAAGGUCAAAGAGGAUGAACCAUAUUUUGCCAUUUAUGUGAGAGAUGAAUGAUUUACAGGACUUGCAGGCAAAGCCUGCAAGUUCACUUUCCCGUCACCGUAAUGGCGCUGUGUUGGCGCGAUCUUUUCAACUGGAAUAGCCAGAACCGGAAUAGCUCAAAACAUUGAGCUAAAUCAGAAUCUGCUUCACCAAGUAGUGAACCAUCCUAUCUGGCCAUCGGCGGGAAAA